UAUUUGGGUGUGUUAACCUUUACAUGUUUUGAAUAGUAGGAAUACUUUGAAGAGUAAUCAGGCCAACAGAUGAGUCCCUCCCUAUAUGUGCACUAUGAAUUAGUCAUACACCAGUUUUCUAUCUACUGUGUUUCUUUGUUAAGCAUAAAUACCUUUACAUGUGUUGUAACACAACAUGAAGGCCAAUUACACCGAAAAGCUUGUGAUAAGAAAAACCUGAGAAACUUAACUGAAAGCUUAUCACUGUGGCAGUGUACCUUCAACAGAACUAUGUGGGCUGAGGAUCAUUUCAGUCCACUUGCUGGUGCAUGUCUGGGUAGCUGUACAGACCCAAGAGAAAAUGGAACCUACAUCAUGUAUCAUGGAACAACAAGGCAGGCAGCACAACAAAUACUUGAGAGUGGAUUCCAUCAGUCCCCGGAUGGAAUGCUGGGGCGUGGUGUUUAUGUCAGUCGUGACCUUCAGAAGGCCAGCAGGUACCCUCUUCAUCUACCUGAACAUCAGCGUGUAGUUUUGAAGUUGAAGGUUAGAGUUGGCAGGGUGAAGAAGAUUGACUGCCAGGGACACCCACUGCAGAAGACCUGGCAUGACCAUGGUUAUGACACCGCGUGGUGUCCUCCAGGCUGUGGAAUGGUCAAGAGUGGCCUGGAGGAAGACUGUGUAUGGGAUCCCAACAGAAUUACUGUUACAGGUGCAAUCUAUCUAUGUGUUUGAAAGAUGAACAGUUUUUCACUGAGUAUCACUCUUACAUAUAUC